AUGUUCACGCAUCCCGAAAUCGGGAAGAUUCCCACGUUGCUCCAAAGAUGGGCCAAUGUUCGCCCAAAGGCGAUUCAUUGGUGUCAGAGUGCUUGCGGACUCACGGCCAAAGUGCCGUUCUUUGCCCUCUGCUUCGAGGGCAAGCGGCGUGCCGGUGACGGAGAAACGAGGACAUGCCAGGAGGCAAGAGUGCACGCAGACCCCUCUGCCUCUGCCAUCCUCUUCCACUACGGUAACUUUGACAGUGCUUCACCUCGGCUGCAUGGCUUGGAAGUCUUCCAGUAUGAAGUUGGCACCAGCCUCAGUCAAGGCUCUUCCCUCCACCCCGAUCAGCGCCGAUUUGUCAAGGAUAUGACUCUCGACGAGCUGGCAGAGAAGCCCGGGCGCAGGGGGCAAGGGGGGGAGGCCGCCUCGACUUGCAUCGAGCUUAAUGACCUGCUUGUGGUUUCGCUCUUGUUUCCAGGAGUGCUCGGGAAACAGCGUCUUUGCCUUCCACCCAGUCGAAGAGCGGGGCCAAAACAUUUAGUCACUGGUUUCCGGUUCAGCCGAUCUGAGUGCGAGAUAGUGCGAGCACGCCAGUUUGCACCGAAGCACUGCCGAGUUCAAUGCAGCACAGGGGACUGUAGAGCAUCGUGGAAGCCACAGAGCCGCUGGUUGCCACAAGCCUCGUCUUUCACCUGGAAACGCCUUCUAAGCCCUCUGUUUCUAUCAAGCCAGAGCCCUCGUGAGCAUUGCACCAAAGCCACUUUGCCGCUCCAGAUGGCUUCGGGUCGAGAAACACUGGGAAGAUGGGUCGGAAACGCCUUUGCAGCCGUCAGGAUCACAUGCGGCAAGCAGGAGAUGCCGGUGCUGCACUGCGACAUCCUCGCCGAGCCCGGGACGGCCUUGGGAAGCAAGGGCUGCGGUCUGGUGGAGUUUGCCAAUGCGGCUGCUGCGACCCGAGCCGUGAAUCAGCUGACAGACACCGAGAUCAAAGGGCGCAAGAUCUUCGUGAGGGAAGAUCGGGAGCCCCGGCGACCGGCCCAAGGCCGCAAAGUGUUCGUCGGGAAUCUGCCCUACAGUGUCACCUGGCAGGCUUUGAAAGACCACAUGCGGCAGUGUGGCGAAGUCCUUCGCUGCGACAUUCUAGCGGAGCCGGGCACUGCGCUGGGAUCCAAGGGCUGCGGUAUCGUGGAGUACGCCUCCGCCGCAUCGGCGCAGAGGGCCAUUCGAGACCUGUCCGAUUCGGAGCUGAAGGGCCGGCUGAUCUUCGUGCGGGAGGACCGUGAGGACGACGUCCCAUACCGAGGACGGCGGUUGCAGGAUCGUGCACCGGCUCCAAUGCGGGCACGGAGUCGGUCCUACGACGAUCGGAAGUGGCGACCGGUUCGUGGAGGGUACUCGGCUGAGGGAGGGAGUGGCUGCCGAGUCUUUGUCGGGAACCUGGCCUACAGUGUGACCUGGCAGGAGCUCAAGGACCACAUGCGGGAUGCCGGCCAAGUGAUGUUCUGCCAGAUCCUCAAGGAGCCCGGCACCGCACUGGGUUCCAAGGGCUGCGCGCUGGUGGAGUACAGCACCCCCAAGGAGGCAAGGAAGGCUAUCAACAUGAUGACCGACAGCGAGCUCCGAGGAAGGAAGAUAUGGGUGCGCGAGGACCGUGAGGAGUGA